UCAAACAAAGAACAACAUGGAAAAGUGUGUGUGCGUCCUGGUGUUGGUGCUGGCUUUGGACGCAUCCAUGGCGCAGACGCACAACACGCACGCGGAGACGCACAAUAACAACAACAACAACAACACGACAACAACAACAACAACAGCACACACUUAUUUAAUAUUUAACACUAGUCUGAGCCCAACUUUAACACCGACCGAGUCUGUCAGCGUGGAUCUGCAGGAGACCAGGACGCAUGGACCAGAUGGACCACAUGGACCAGAUGGACCACAUGGACCCGGUGGAGCCGGUGGACCGACCCGGGGAACUCCGACCGCGGUAACAACGCCAACCUCCGCCAAGGCCCCCACCGGCACCGACCGAGAGGAAACCACGGCCAAAGACAGAGAAGAAACAACCGAGAAAAAAGAAGAAGAAAAAAACAGGAAAGAAGAAACAACUGAGAUUAAAAAAAAGGAAAAGAAGAACAGUAAAGAAGAGGAAGAAUCCGAUGAUGAUGAUGAAGAAGAGGAUGAGACCAAACAUCUGGACUGCCCCCCCCUUGGCCUGGAGUCCCUGAGGGUGGACGACAGUCAGAUGCAGGCUUCGUCCUACCAGAGGACUGGUCUGGGUCCUCACAGGGGGAGGCUGAACAUCCAGUCAGGCAUUGAAGACGGGGACCUGUACGACGGGGCCUGGUGUGCUGAGUUCAAGGACCGGCACCAGUGGCUGGAGGUGGACGCCAUCCACCUGACCCGCUUCACCGGGGUCAUCCUGCAGGGACGCAACUCCAUUUGGAGCUGGGACUGGGUCCAAACCUACAAAGUCCAGCUCAGUAAUGACUCCAUCAGCUGGAAAACCUGCAUGAAUGGAACACAAGAGGCGAUAUUUGAAGGGAACCAGGGCCCGGAGACUCCAGUUCUGGGACUCCUUCCUGUUCCCACCGUGGCCCGAUUCAUCCGGAUCAACCCUCAGACCUGGUACUCCAACGGGACCAUCUGCCUCCGGGCUGAGAUCCUGGGAUGUCGCGUUCACGAUCCAGAUGAUGUGUUCUAUCCAGAAGAAGAACAGGGGUCCAGGGACGGUCUGGACUUCAGGCACCACAACUAUAAGGAGAUGAGGAAGCUCAUGAAGUCUGUGACAGAGGAGUGUCCAGACAUCACCCGCAUCUACACCAUUGGGAAGAGCUACACAGGCCUCAAACUGUACGUCAUGGAGAUCUCAGAUAACCCUGGAAAGCACGAACUGGGUGAGCCGGAGUUUCGUUACGUUGCAGGGAUGCAUGGGAACGAGGCUCUGGGCCGAGAACUGGUUCUGACCUUGAUGCAGUAUUUGUGUCGUCAGUACAAGAAGGGAAACCAACGCAUCGUCCGACUGGUCAAGGAGACCAGGAUCCACCUGCUGCCUUCCAUGAACCCGGACGGAUACGAGGUGGCCUACGAGAAGGGUUCAGAACUGGCCGGCUGGGCUGAUGGACGGUACAGCUUUGAGGGAAUCGACCUGAACCAUAACUUUCCAGACCUGAACAACAUCAUGUGGGAUUCACAAGAAGCGGCGGCGGAUAAAUCUAAAGUGUCCAACCAUUACAUCCCCAUCCCAGAAUACUACACCCAGGAGGACGCCACGGUUGCCCCGGAAACCAGAGCGGUCAUCAGCUGGAUGCAGGAUAUCCCCUUUGUGCUCAGCGCCAACCUCCACGGCGGCGAGGUGGUGGUGACCUACCCCUUCGACUGCACCCGGGACUGGGCACCACAGGAAGACACGCCCACGGCGGACAACGCCUUCUUCCGUUGGCUGGCCACGGUGUACGCCUCCACCAACCUGAUGAUGGUCAACCCCGACCGCCGCAUCUGCCACUACGAGGACUUCCAGUCCCACAACAACAUCAUCAACGGCGGCGCCUGGCACACCGUACCUGGGAGUAUGAACGACUUCAGUUACCUUCACACCAACUGCUUCGAGGUGACGGUGGAACUGUCCUGCGAUAAGUUUCCUCACGCCAGCGAACUGCCCUUCGAGUGGGAGAACAACAAGGAGUCUCUGCUGGUUUACAUGGAACAGGUUCACAGGGGGAUUAAAGGAGUGGUGAGAGAUAAACUGACCAGAAAAGGAAUACCAGACGCCAUCAUUAAGGUGGAGGACCACGACCACGACAUCCGAUCAGCUGCUGACGGGGACUACUGGCGCCUCCUGAACCCUGGCGAGUAUAAGGUGGUGGUCUGGGCCGAGGGGUACUUCCCGUCCAUGCGUCGCUGUAACGUGGGUCUGGAACCUCACGCCACCGUCUGUGACUUCACUCUGACUAAGACUCCCAUCCAGAGGCUGAAGGAGAUCAGGGCCAAAGGGGGGAAGAUCCCCCAGGACCUGCAGCUCCGGCUCCGGGCCCUGAGGCUCCGAAAGCUUCGCGCCAGCACCAAAGCCAUCAACCGGCGCCGGGAGGGUCAGCGGGUCCAGACGAGGAGGGCCCGGUCCCCAGAGGCCCGGAGGGUCUGAUGAUGGAGAAUAACCCCCCCACCCCCGGUGAUUAGUAAGAGGACGUUAUAACAGGGUCGACGACUACGGAAACACGAAGAAUCCACUAAAGACAGAAAAGUUCGACACAUCCUGACCUCGUAAUUAUGAGAAAAUAUUAAAAAAAAGUUUAACCUAAUCAUCGAAUAACAUUAAAUUAAAAAAAUAGUUCCAGUGUCCCUGUAUGUCACUAGUCACUUUUCCAUUGACCCUCAAAUUGUGCAA